AUCCGCUAUGCUGGUGCUGCUGACAGUUCAGUUCAGUUUAUCUUCUAUCAGCCUAUCAUUCACCGAUGGAGGGAAACUGAUUUUUUUCCUUGUUCAGCAUCCUGUGGAGGAGGUUAUCAGCUGACAUCUGCUGAAUGUUUUGAUCUGAGAAGCAACCGGGUAGUAGCAGAUCAAUACUGUCACUAUUAUCCUGAAAAUAUCAAGCCAAAGCCAAAACUUCAAGAGUGUAAUCUGGAUCCUUGUCCUGCAAGUGAUGGAUACAAGCAGAUCAUGCCCUAUGACCUCUACCAUCCCCUUCCUCGAUGGGAAAGUACACCCUGGACUGCUUGCUCCUCAUCCUGUGGAGGGGGCAUUCAAAGCCGCAGUGUCUCAUGUGUGGAAGAAGACAUUCAGGGCCAUAUCAGCCCAGUGGAAGAAUGGAAAUGCAUGUAUACUCCAAAGAUGCCAGUUGUCCAGCCUUGCAAUAUAUUUGACUGCCCAAAGUGGCUUUUUUUGGCAAGGGCUCCGUGCACCGUGACCUGUGGGCAAGGACUCAGAUACCGUGUGGUCCUCUGCAUUGAUCACAGGGGGAUGCAUACAGGAGGCUGUAGUCCUAAAACAAAGCCACACAUAAAAGAAGAAUGUAUCGUACCCACUCCCUGCUACAAACCCAAAGAGAAACUUCCUGUGGAAGCAAAGUUACCAUGGUAUAAGCAGGCUCAAGAGCUGGAGGAAGGAGCAGUGGUGUCUGAAGAACCAUCGUUUAUUCCGGAGGCUUGGUCUACCUGUAGUGUCACCUGUGGAGUGGGCAGCCAGGUGCGGCUUGUGAAAUGUCAAGUGCUCCUCUCUUUCUCUCAGUCUGUGGCUGACUUGCCCAUCGAUGAAUGUGAAGGUCCCAAACCUGUGUCUCAGAGAGCCUGUUACAGUGGUCCCUGCAGUGGGGAAGCAACUGAAUAUACCCCAGAGGAAACUGAGCUGCUGUUUGGCAGUUUACAGGAGUUUGAUGAGCUCUAUGAAUGGGAAUACGAGGGCUUCACAGAGUGUUCAGAGUCCUGUGGAGGAGGUGUCCAGGAGGCUGUGGUGACCUGCCUGAACAAACAAACCAGGGAGACUGUGGAUGAGACGCUGUGUGUAACCAACCGCCGUCCUCCCCAGCUGCUGAAAGCCUGUAGCCUGGACCCCUGUCCCCCAAGGUGGGAGAUUGGAAAAUGGAGCACCUGCAGUCUGACCUGUGGGGUUGGAUUGCAGACACGAGAUGUCUUCUGUUCUCAUCUACUAUCAAGAGAAACUAACGAGACUGUAAUAUUGGCAGAUGAAUUGUGCUAUAAACCUAAGCCAUCCCUUGUGCAAGCCUGUAAUCGCUUUGACUGCCCACCCUCCUGGUAUCCUACAGAAUGGCAAGAGUGUUCGCAGACAUGUGGUGGUGGUGUCCAGAAGCGAGAUGCACUUUGUAAGCAGCGCCUGGCAGAUGGAAGCUUGUUAGAGCUUCCAGAAACCUUCUGCUCCACGCCAAGGCCAGUUACCCAACAAGCCUGCAAAAAUGAGGAUUGUCCCAAUGAGUGGCUUCUCUCUGACUGGACACAGUGUUCAGCGAGCUGCGGAGAGGGCACCCAGAGUCGAAAUGCCAUUUGCAGAAAGAUACUGAAAAGCGGGGGUUCUGUCAUCAUCAAUUCCUCACUGUGCCCACCUCUGCCGUUCUCAUCGCUGAUCAGGCCCUGUACACUAGGCGCCUGUGCAAGGCACAUCAGGCCAGCUCAUAAGCAAAGCCCCCAUAUCAUGGCUGUAAAGAAAGUUUACAUCCAGACAAGAAAGCAGAAGAAGUUACACUUUAUUGUGGGUGGGUACGCCUACCUGCUGCCCAAAACCUCCGUUAUUCUCCGAUGCCCCACAAGGAGGUUCCGGAAAUCAAUGAUUGCUUGGGAGAAGGAUGACAAGAGGCUCGUCAGCUCAGCUCACAUUACCAUUGCACCCUACGGGUACAUGAAAAUCCAUCGACUGAAGCCUUCAGACACCGGGACAUACACUUGCACAGCAGGGCCAGCCCGGGAGCAUUUUGUAAUUAAACUGAUUGGAAGCAACAAGAAGAUCAUUGCUGGGCAGCCAACUGGUAUUAGGGAGGAAGAAGCCAUCAGAAAGGCCAGGUUAAAUGAAGCCUUGCAAAUACAGGAGAAACACAUCAAUGGGAUUCUCUUCAAUGGGAGCAAGGCUGAAAAGCGAGGGCACCUUGGUGACCCCAGUAGCUGGUAUGAUGAUAUUGUCUCAAAGCUUCUACAGUACAGGGGCUGGCCAGGGGAAAAUCUGGAGUCCUGGGAAACCCAGGAGUCCAGAGAGAGAAAUGCAUCCUCGGAGGAGGAUCAGAGCCGGGAAUAUAGCCUGCCAUUUACUAUGGUCACAGAGCAGAAACGCUUGGAUGAUAUCAUAAGGAACUUGUCUCAACAGCCUGAGGAGCUUAAAGAUGUCUACACUGAGCAGCUUGUUGUGCAACUGGCUCACGAGGUUUUCAAGAGCCACUUGGAGCACCAAGAAUCUGUCCUCAAAGCAACAAGGCGAAGGGUAGAUUCAACCUCGGUGGAGUACCCUCUCCACAGACUCGUCUCCGGGUUUACCAGCUCCCUAAGGAUGUCAUCUGCUGAAACAUUUCUUCCCACCUCUGUAGACCUGGCAAAUGGUGUGCGCAGACCUCAUCAAAAGCCUGCUAUCCUCCGAAAGAUUUCAGCGGCUCAACAGCUUUCUGCGUCAGAGGUUGUUACCCACCUGGGACAGACAGUGGUCCUAGCCAGUGGCACACUGAGUGUGCUGCUUCACUGUGAAGCGGUGGGAAACCCAAAGCCCACCAUCAGCUGGGCUAAGAAUGGAGAGGAGGUGAAAUAUAAUGAUAGGAUGCUACUUCAGCCUGAUGACUCCUUGCAGAUUCUAGCACCUGUGGAAGCUGAUGUGGGUUUCUAUGCUUGCAAUGCAUCCAAUGCCCUGGGAUCUGACUCUGUCUCCAUUGCUGUCACUCUAGCAGGAAAGCCACUGAUAAAGACAUCAAGAGCUACUGUAAUCAACACUGAAUCGCCUUCAAUCGCUGUUGAUAUUGGAAGCACAGUGAAAACAAUCCAGAGAGCAAAUGUUACCAUUAGCUGCCAGGUUGCAGGUGAGAAAUUACUUGGUUUCCCAUGCAG